AUUUUCAUCUUUUGUUGGUUUUAUCUUUUUCCAUUUUGAGAUUGUCUACAUUUUCAUCUUUCGUUGGUUUUAUCUUUUUCCAAGAGCAUGCGUUUUCGGGGAAUCAAGACUUUCAAUUCUUGCUGCUUUUUUCUGAAAAAAAUAACUUCCCCUAUAUGUUAAUCUUUGAAUUUGAUUAGGGUUUUUGUUACCAAGAAAAGUUUUGGAGGCGUUUGGUCUGCCAAAGAGUGUUUUAAUUUCUGUAGAGUUUUGGUGAUAAAUUCUCAUGCUUGUUUGCUGCUAUCUCUCAUCUCAGUUCUUAUAUUGUUUACAGAAAAAAAGAUCAACAAGUGGUAAGUGUGACCAACUCUGUUUUUCUUAUACUCAAUCAAUUUAUUGGUAUUUGUUUUCGUAUUGGAAUUUCGUUGUUCAGUUUUGACAUUUUUAAGUGUAGUGACUUGCUUUGUGAGAAAUAGAAGGAAAUUGUUUAAAGAAACUUAAUCCAUCUGCAGCUGAUAGUUGUGACAUUUUCUCAAGGAAUGAAUUAAUAUUGAGUACUUCUUUAGUUAUAAAUUUGAAAGAAUGUGCAUCUUCAGUCUUAAUGUAUACACUACUUGCCUUCUUUUCUGGUAGUUGUGCGAUAAAUAUAUGUGCACUUUGAUCUAUUAAUUUUGCUAUUUGUCUGAUUAUCUCUCCAAAUGUGGCCUUUGAUUCGUGCUUAUUCUGCAUCUUGUAACUAGAUUUCCAUUAGUGAUCAUGAUGCUGUUGCUGCUGCUUUCAAAGUGAAUGUCGACUCAUUACAUUAUUUUCCUAGUUGAAAUCACAUCUUAGAAAGUAAGUCUUUUUGAGUGCACAGUUAAGCAAGUAAUGGAUUCCUGGCAUCACCCUGAUCGACUAAGUGAGUUACCCGACUCUUUAAUCCUCAUGAUUCUUUCACUGUUGGAGACACGGUAUGUUGUUAGGACAACGCUACUCUCCAAACGUUGGAGAGAUCUUUGGACCACCGUUCCCCGCCUAAAAUUUGUACGUGAUGAUCGACGUUUCAUUUGCGGAGUUCUUGCACAAUGGAGAGGUGAGAAGAUCAUAAGCUUCUACCUUUCUUUGGUCUUUUCGACUCCUAGUGAUCUUGAUUUGUGGCUGCUUUUUGCGGUCGAAAGACAAGUGGAAGAGCUACACAUAGAUUUUGGACCUUAUAGCAAUGCCCAGUACUACCCACCUCAGCGUUUGUAUCCAUGCUCGUCCAUUACAGAAUUACACCUUGGUUCUUGUUGUUUGUUGGAGAUUGAGGGGAGUGUGCAGUGGAAUCGACUCAAGAGUUUAUGGAUUGAAGUUCCGGAUUCCUCGUGUGAUGAUGCCAUAAAGAAAAUUCUCUUGGGUGCCCCUCGCUUGGAAAAGAUGAUAUUGUUUAUUGGUAAAAUUAAUGAGAACUUGAGUAUCCGAUCUACUAGUUUGAAGAAGCUCAUAAUCCGCAGCCAUUGGAAUGAGAAUGCUGACAUAAUGGCAAUGCUGAGAAUUUGGGCUCCUAACCUCUUGACUCUACGAAUUUGGAGAGCAAAUGUUGUUAAUGGUGGUAGUUGUUUGUUUGAUGUCCCAUCUUUGAUUGAAGCUUCUAUUAGUGGAUUUUGUGAUGUGUAUGAUCCGCCUCUUGAAACGUUCUAUCACGUUAUUGGAAGCAUCUGCCAUGUUAAGAAGGUUGAAUUAUCGGAGUUUAACAUUAAGUCGCUUCUCGCCAUGAAGGGGAAAGAUAUGGUUGUUCAAUUUCCGAAUGCUGAGUUACUUAAACACCAGAGCGUGGACGCAAAUGGUCAUCUUGAUCUUCUUCAUCUUCUUGAUCUUCUUGAUAUGUUUCCUAAGCUUAAGAUAUUAAGUAUUUGUCAAUACCAGAUUUUGCGCGAUUUUAGUCCCACCGUUGAGGCGACAUUGCCCCGUCCCUCGCUGCUCGAUCUGAAUACAGUUGAGAUUAUUUGGCCCGCGGAAGACCCCUCAGUAAUUCCAUUUAUUGAAUUUAUCUUGCAAACUGCUCCCUUGCUCCACAAACUUGUGUUUCGUCUUUCACCAUUUAGAGCUUCUUGUAAUCGUAAGCGUUUCCGAAUGAUAGAAGAGAAGAUGCGAAGUAUGCCAAGAUCCUCCCCAACUGCAGAGGUUACUAUAAUCUAUAAUGAUUGAUCAAUUGAUGAAGAUCAGCAGUUUUCAGUUGUGUAUGUUAUGUCUUUAAGCAGCAUUCCUGCUGAUGUUGUGAACAUAAUUAGCUUUCAAUUUUUGUUGUAUGAGGAUUGACCUUCUUUGGCUCAAUCGACAUUAUAGACUCUGAUUCUUGUUUAUUAGCUAGUUUGUUUCCCGUUAAGAAAAACAAAAGUAGAAUAUUUUCUGAAUGUAUAUAACAAAUUUUAUGUUA